AGACCUGUGCUCACUCAGUCAGCAACAUGUUGAAGCUAGACGGCAGGCCAUGACCCACUGCCCGAUGGAAUUCCUCGGAGAGUCUGCAGAGGAACUCAUCGAGGACUACCAGCACUGCACAGAUGAAGUGUGGAGGUGGAGUUGGUGGUCUACAGGCAAACUCUUGCAGAAGGUGACAACAUGAAACUUGAUAGCUGUUCAGACGCGAUGCAGGGGAGCUGAGGCCGCCUGGGAAGACACCGCGUUUCAAGGGAUCCACCAAACCAGGACCAACCAUGGAACACAAAGGGAUCCACCAGAAGAUGAAGAAUGUGAACAGAAGAUCUGAAGCCUGGAUCGUGAGUGCUUGGAGUCCCUCGGCUCAAAUCAUGGAAGCUCCUUCAGUCACAGGACAUCGGUAGCUGACUGCCCGGCUUGCUAGCCCGCAGUCUCCCCCCCCCCCCCCCCCCCCCCCCAAACCUCCAAACCUCCAAUCCACAAUCUCAGAUCUCCUCUUUUUCAAACAGCUGGACAAAACCUACACUGAGACCAGAAGAGCAAAUCCCUCCCCCUUUGCUUUCAUUCACCCAAAGGCAUGACCUGCUAGUCCUCCACAGCUCCCCUGACCGCUGGGAUCCAGCUAGCAUCCUCUGGAGUUGGAUGGACUCCCUCAGCAUCCCUCCCCGGGACGCGUCCGAGCCUGCGCGACCACCGCACCGGGAUGCGAACUAAUGAGGAAGUGUCGAGGACCGCUGUGUGUCAGCAGCUCCAGGUUUUUAGGUGCUCCAGCAGGAACCUUUUGUAGAUGCCCGUCCCGAGUUUGCAGCAUGUACGUGGCUGGCCGUGUCUGUCUCCAGCCCUGCGGGUGACACUCACAGUGAACCGAGGCGGCAAAGCGAACAGAGGCGGUGAGAGACUUGACGCGAGCCUGCUAACGGCGAGCUAGGAGGCUAACCGCACAAUACUGGAAUAUAAAUCAAACACACACACACACACACCAAUGGUAUCCCAUAAGGUUUUAGUCGCAAUAAUAUUACUAAAUGUGUAUAUAGGUGUACAGUCUGUUUUUUACUUCUUCGGCGGCGUCCUUUUAACGCUCCUGUUCGCUAUGGCAUUUUUAAAUGGACCCAGGCUGCUGGACUGGGCGAACUCACCUCCACACCUGCAGUUUAACAAAUACGUCCUCACGGGGUACCGGCCAAGCUCUUCAGUGCAAGACUGCAUCAGAAGCCUGUUCUACCUGCACAAUGAACUCGGAAACAUAUACACUCACGGCAUCCCUCUGGUUUGCUUCCUGGUGCUGCUGCCUCUCAACAUUCCCUGGUCCCAGAUCAGCGUCACGUGGCUGGGCGUGGUGCACUUCCUGGCCUGCCUGUCGCCUCAGCUGGGCUCCGUGCUCUAUCACCUCUUCAUGAACCACGAAGGAGGCGAGCCCGUCUACCACACCCUCCUCAAACUGGACGUGUGUGGAAUCUGCAUGAUCAACACGCUGGGGGCGCUGCCCAUCGUCUAUAGCACCCUUCUGUGCUACCCGUUCAUCCGCACCGUGGCCCUGUUAGUCUACAUACUGUUGUCCAGCCACGCCAUCUACUGUGCCGUCACCGCCCGGAGCAGCGUUCGCCGGCUGCGCUCCUUCGCCUGGCAGGCGCUUUUCCGCUUCUCCUUCUUCCUGCUGCGCUGGGCUGGCGUGGGCGGCGGCAGCCCUACCUCGCUACGCCACUUCCUCAUGAUGGACGCGCUGGCCGUGCUGGGCGGGGUCAUCAACAUCACGCGCAUCCCGGAGCGCUUCCGCCCGGGUCUCUUUGACUACUGGUGCAACAGCCACCAGAUCAUGCAUGUACUGGUGGUGGGGUCCAUCCUUUACCUGCACUGGGGCGUGCUGGACGACCUGCUGUGGAUCAACAGCUACAACUGUCCCUCAGACUGACCCGCCCUGCGGCCCCCCAGCCCUCUACACGGAGAUCUGGAUGUGAUUUUAAAAGGACCUCUAGGGGGAGGGGGGGUGAACAAGGAGGGGGAAAAGGGAAACUGACGCUGCGAGGUCAGACGACGUGUUGUCUGUGCAUGUGUUCACCUCAUGCGCUCCAACUCAGAAUGUUCAUAUCUUCGUCCAUCCUGGUACUUUGUGCGUAUGCAGGCAGAAGUUUGUCAAGUAACACGCACAAGCAGUUUGACUCUUUCACUUGCCGAAAAACAUGGACGCACAGGUGUACACGGACACACACACACACACACACACACACACACACACACACACACAGGAAAUGGAAACAGUAAACUAAAGGAGUAUGAACACUAUAUAAUCUUAGGUAACGGCUGUAGUUAAAGGUUUCUGCUGAUUUUAAAGCCUUUAGUAGAAGUUGACCUUGAGCAUUAGUUAACGUGGUCGGUCCACACAGUCUGUGGCGAAAUGAUAUCACACGCUCAAGUCUCUCAGAUGUCACUGUUGCUACCUAUGCAGCACAUCCAUAUCUAAACUCACCGCCAUCCAUACACAGCACAACGCUCAGACAUCCUCACUCCUAUAUUUUUAUAUUACAUGUACAUACUUCAAGUAUUGCACGCCGCACUCAUCACCACGUCCAACUGACUGUGUCUCACCCGGUCCUGUUGUUCAGUCCGCGUUUCCUUGUUUCCCGCCACUGCCUCUUUUUAAUGUACGUGUGUGUGUCGGUGUGGGUCGUCCUCAAAGUCUCAAAGUGAGACGAAUACAGACGGGUGAGAAGGUUCAUUCCUGAGCAUGCUAGCAUGUCGGCCAUGAGUUUACCUGCUAAAGGAUUGCACGUGCAAAAGCAAGCGUGCUGUUUCGUUGCUUCCUCUGAACACAGUGCCAACGGAAUUCAGGCAUCUGAAUCAGAAGAAGACUGCACGCGUUUACAAGCUGCGUAGUUCAGUGGAGUUCCUGUUAUUUUUUUCUUUAAUAUUUAUGAUAGACUCUAACGGCAAGGAUACGUUUUUAUAACUUAUUAACUGUCUUAUAUGUUUCAUGUUUUUAUGCACAUUUGUUCUGUUGGGAAGCCUCUGAGCACUUUAAGAUGACAGAACAGACAAACUACCACUCCUAAGAUCUCAACAUGUCAGAGUUUAAAGGUGACAUAUCAUGCAAAAUCAACUAUUUAAUGGUUCUCUACCUGAAAUAUGUGUCCCUGUCUACAAACCCCCUGAAAAUGAAAAAAAUCCAUUCUGCCCCUGUUCUGAUUUCUCCACCUUUCUGUAAAUGUGUGUGAAACGAGCCGUUUCAGACUUCCGUGUUUUUGUUACGUAACAACAAUAUCCGGUCUGUAACGGAGUCAGAGCUCUGAGCUUGUUCAGCCCAUAGACUGUAUAAAAAACAACUCAACCCCUCCUCCGUUUUUCAUUACCUGUACACGUGUGUGCUAACAGGGAGCUUAGGAGAGAGGCAUGCUAGUUGUAGGCUGUCUUAAUAAACACAAAGGUCGGUUUUACUCCCCACGUCUGCAGAUUUGAAGAUCUAGUGGAUGAUUUUUAUUUAUCAUGGAAAAAUGCUAGCGCUAGUUAGCAUAGCCACAUAGCUACAUGUUGGUAGCUGUGUACCAAGACACACGUCGACAUACUGACAAAUAAAACAACAAGAAACACUAAAUCUGUGACCAAUGGUUCAGAAAGGUCCUGCUGCAGGCGCCUCUCCUUCAGGAUCAGAUUCUGGAUCAGAUUCAGAAGGUUGGAGUAACACAGGUCUGAGGGCAGCCAACAUGUAAACAUUAGAUCAAGUGCUGGACAGCCGAGACCACACCCACUUCCUGAGGGGGCGUGGUCAGAGAGCUCAUUCUCAUUUAAAGGCACAGACACAGAAAACAGCCUGUUCUGAGCAGGGCUGAAAAAGAGGGGAUUACAGGCAGACCAGAAUCUGAUUUCAAAGUGUUUUUUUGAGCAAUAAACUUUAAAGACGUGUUUUGGGGACCUCUUAGACCAAUAUAUUUUGAUGAAAAAGAGCGUAAUAUGUCACCUUUAACACUUGAGAAGCUUCUAUUUGAGGAACAGAUCCGGACAGAAACGAUGCACUAAGAGCCGACCUCUGCGUCGGGACAACAUGCACAGGAACUGUAAAGGAAUCUAUUUAUGAUGCUUUAUUUAUUUGUCUGCUGAAACGCUCUGCCUGGUGUCACUGUAGGCUAGCUGGACAGUUUACGUUGAUGCUUUGCAGGAUCACUGGCAGACAGGUCAAGCUGGAGGUCAGAGAAAAUCUUUUGUUUUAUUCAGAGCAUGCAAAUCCUGAGGAUUAGCUCCGUGCCCCCGCUCCCCACACACACUUUAUUCUCAGAUUAUUGACUCCAGUUCACGGCAGAAUUAGACCGAUCUCUGUCUGCCUCACUUCAUGACACACUCACACAAACUCAACAAAAGGAGAACGUCUGAUCUGAUUCUCCGGCUCGGAGGAAAACGUUUACCUUCUCUGGUUGUUUACUUUACGUUGACUCUUCUCUCACUGACGGAUUAUAAGGGUCAGCCAUUAUUGCUCCACAGCAGGUCGUAUUGUUGCCACUGUGUGCGUUCAUAUUUAAAUGCGCUGCUUAUGCUGUGCAGCUGGAUUUAAGUUGACAGCUUGACUUGCACUUUGUUUUAACUCCCUUUGAGCCGUUGCUCAAACGGAGUUGUAUUUUGUAACGCUGGCCUUGCCAAACAGGAAUAAACCCUAACACCCUCCUGUCAUGUAAAACUUCUAUCAGCUCUGUGUAAACUCCCAGGAUUGUUCUGCAGCUGUUUGUCCUCUCUGCUGCUUCAGUCACUACUCCUGAGUCAGACGGGAUCUGUCCCUCCUGAGUCAGACGGGAUCUGUCCCCACCUGAGUCAGACGGGAUCUGUCCCUCCUGAGUCAGACGGGAUCUGUCCCUCCUGAGUCAGACGGGAUCUGUCCCCUCCUGAGUCAGACGGGAUCUGUCCCUCCUGAGUCAGACGGGAUCUGUCCCCACCUGAGUCACACGGGAUCUGUCCCUCCUGAGUCAGACGGGAUCUGUCCCCUCCUGAGUCACACGGGAUCUGUCCCUCCUGAGUCAGACGGGAUCUGUCCCCUCCUGAGUCAGACGGGAUCUGUCCCCUCCUGAGUCAGACGGGAUCUGUCCCUCCUGAGUCAGACGGGAUCUGUCCCCACCUGAGUCACACGGGAUCUGUCCCUCCUGAGUCAGACGGGAUCUGUCCCCUCCUGAGUCACACGGGAUCUGUCCCUCCUGAGUCAGACGGGAUCUGUCCCCUCCUGAGUCAGACGGGAUCUGUCCCUCCUUAGUCAGACGGGAUCUGUCCCUCCUGAGUCAGACGGGAUCUGUCCCCACCUGAGUCACACGGGAUCUGUCCCUCCUGAGUCAGACGGGAUCUGUCCCUCCUGAGUCAGACGGGAUCUGUCCCUCCUGAGUCAGACGGGAUCUGUCCCUCCUUAGUCAGACGGGAUCUGUCCCUCCUGAGUCAGACGGGAUCUGUCCCUCCUGAGUCAGACGGGAUCUGUCCCUCCUGAGUCAGACGGGAUCUGUCCCUCCUGAGUCAGACGGGAUCUGUCCCUCCUGAGUCAGACGGAUGCUCAUUUCUGCCUGAAGUACAAAUAUGAAGGGAUGAAUUAGCCUGGAUGAUUAACGUGAAAAUUAUGAAAUUAGAGGUUAAAAUUAUGAGAUAAAGGAAUUUAUGGAAAGUCAGAAUUAUGUAAUAUUGAGUCAUAAUUAUGGGAAAAAGUCCAAAUUAUAUGGACAAAGUAGAAACUGUGAGUGAAGAAGUCAUAAUUGUACAAUCAAAUGUCUAAAUAAUGAAGAAGUCUGAUAUAAAUAUGAGAUAGAAACUCAAAAGUUUGUCAAAAUUGUGCGAUAAUCAGAUUUAUGAGAUGAAAAGUUGAAGUUACACAUUUUGUGAGUCAUCUGAUUUUAAAAUUAGAAAAUUGAAUUACUACACUGAACAACAUUAUUUUAUUUUAUUUUUUUAUUUCUCUUUAUCUCUAUAUUUAGACUUUUUGUCUCUAAUUUGAGCUUUUUGUUAUGUAACAGUGAAUUUAAUCUCUUAAUUUUGCCUUUUAAAUUCAUAAAUUCAACUUUUCAGGAAGUGGUAUUUAGAAAAGAAAAUGUCUAAAUUAUAUAUUUUUUUAAAAUUAUAAAUAUGAGAUUAGAACUCAAAAGUUGGCCAAAAAUUAUGCGAUAAUAAUUCAGAAUAAUGAGACGAGACGUUGAAAUCAGUAUGAAAAUGACACAAUUUGAGAGUCAUUUUAAUGUAAGAUUAGAAAAUGACUUUCUUAAUUACUAAACUUAACAAUAUUGAUCAUUUUUUGUCUUAAUUUAUUUCUCUAUCUUUAUAUUUAGAUUUUUUAAUCUUUUAAUUUUGCCUUUUAAAUUCACAAAUUCAACUUUUCAUCCCAUAAUUUUAAUUUUCUAUCACCUAUAAUGUUUUUAAAUCUCAUGUUUAUUACUCAAUCUCCCAUUUUAACCUCAUAUCUGCAUUCAUCCUCUCGUAUGAUGUCACCUGACGUCAUAAUUAAUCAUGGCGGCUCAGUUUGAAUCAGUUUUCUCUUCUCCUGGCAGAAAUGGGCUUCCCCCGCCCUCCUGGCCUGAGUAGUGACUUGAACUGCUGUUCCUUCUCCAGAGGCCCGCUUCACUUUCUUAAUGACAUUGCACUCGUGUCCCAUGCCAACAGUCACAGCCGCCCACUCACUCGAGUUGCCAAUUCCGUCAGCCCCUCUUCAUCUCGCCAAACGAGCUGCGUCUGAGGUGUAGCACAUCCUCUGCAUCCUGUGCUAACUCUGACUCAUAGGUGAAGAAGGAUUUCCCACGGUCUUAGUCACGUACACUUGCCUCAGACAGCACCUCCACCCUAGCUAACACAUCCCCACCCUCCCUCCCUCCCUCCCUCCCUCCCUCCCUCCCUCCCUCCCUUCCUCCUCCUUAUGCGUCAGCUGGUCUCAUUCUGUCACAGUGAUUAUUACCUGCUAUGACUGUAGUACAAUGUAGAGCUGAUGUAGUAUUGGCCAUUGAAUGAAACUUUAAAAAAAAAUGCAUGAAAGUAGCUGAGAAACUUAUGUCUCAAAAUGUUAGCAAAUAGUUUGCUCAUUCUAGCCGUCCACGGGUCACGUCACUCGCUCCUGGGAAUGACUGUGUGGUCGCGGGGUCGUGGGGUCGACUUGGGGUUGGGGAGGGGAGAUGAUUGAGCAGAAGACAUUUGAGGCAAUACAUCUCUAUCAAACAAACUGCACUGUUCAUCGUUCUCAAAAAGGGCUUUGGAUUAAAGUAAAAUACAAAUCUGAAACCUAUUUAAAGUCUGUAUAAAUACUGUAAAUACAUGUAUGUAGAUUAUAUAUACAUACAGUGCAAACCAUAUACCCUGAUUCAGUUUUGAUACACGAUAUAUAAAAAGAUAGAAGAAGAAGAAACGGGGAUCUGCCUCAUAGAAGCUGCUGCUCUCUUUCACAGCCAAAGCAAAUCCUGAAAGAGGGACGCAGACGCAUCUCAGCGCGGUGAUUUGGAUUCAUUUCAGAGACGUGUGUUUUCUUAGCUUCGUCCAUUUAUAUGUGAACAACACAAAAACAUUGGCUUCAAUGUAGAGUCGUUUUGCCCUUCCACGACCCAAACCGAGAUGCUUCGAAGCAUUUUAAAUGUUAGAAACGUUUGGGAACGCCGUUUUUUGACCAUCGUGGGGUAACCUUGGCGGGCAUGUGAAUACCUCGUGACUACCACUGGUCUAUCUAUGCAUUAUCAGCCGAAAAAGGAUCAUAUAACAGUGAUUUGUGUUCUUUUGGGAAAAAGCAGCUCUCUGAUCCGCUGAGGGCUUCUUUGCUCCAACAUCCUGGGUCUCCCACUUCUCAGGGUGCCAUAACAGUAGCUGUAACAUCCGAGACCUGAACUCGGCGGCCUGAAACAAUGGCCACGAGACUUUGCAUCUACCUCCACCUGCCUCCACCUCUUUGUCCAGUCUGUUUGUGCUGGGGGGGGUGGACUGGGUGACAGAUUGGACAGAAGGGAAAAAAGAAGGUGGAAAAGGGAGUAUUUUUCUGAAUAACCAUGUCACAGGAGUGGAACCUGGCCUGAAAAAUUAAAUUUCUGUCCUUGUGUCUGUAUGUCUAGGGAUUAAAAAAAUGACAUGAUGUUGGAACACAUCACUAACAAAACAACUUUGUUUUUUUUAAUAUAACACAGGUGCCGGAUAGCCUGUUACUGAUCUGUUUCUAAUGGAUUACAUGUAUUGUUAUAUACAGAUUAUUAUGAUUAUUGUUAUUCUGUGGAUCCUAAUAAUGACACUGGUCUAUGUGUACAGAUUAUGAGACAAACCCUUUGCUUUUGGAUGAAGGGAGCUUUCCAGAGGGUCUGUCUGUUAUCGUCUCCUCAUAUCUGCAAAGUCAAGCGUCUAAAGGGAGUGAGUGUGGCUCCAUCUAGUGGAUGUUCAUGUGCACUGAUGCAGGCAUUACUGUAGCCAUACUGCAGGCAAAUGAAAAUAAUUGACAGGUUGUAAAACUGUCAGCUCUGGCUUGCAGUUAUCCUCCAGGGUUGUUUGUUUAUAUCCCCUGACCAUGUAUGUAUGACGUGUGCGUAUGAGCUCUCCUGAAGAACCCAUACGAGCAUGAAACCUGUAUGUUGUCGACUUUAAUUUCUCCCUUUGCACUGACGGGGGCCCUGAUUGCGUCCCCUGAGUGCCUCAUUACUGUCUGUGUGCUUGCAAAUUAACAUGCAUGAACACAGACGACACAGUUUGUUCCCGUGCUGUAGCUCACCUGUCUGUCCGACAUUAGUGUAUCCUGUGUAACAGACAGGCUCUCACUCCUCAGUCUCCAGCAACGAUUGUGCAAUAAACUGAAGUCUAUAUUUUUAAAA